AGAUAUGGCAGAAACAACAAUUACAGGUGGAAUGGAUCAGAGAAAUCCAACAUUGACAACAGAGGCCACUCUUGCCCCAAUCACUAUUCAACGCAAAGUUAGAACUGACUUGGAAACUUCUAUCCCUAAGCCUUAUAUGGCUAGGGGUUUGGUUGCUCCAGACAUGGAUCACCCCAAUGGAACUCCAGGCCACAGUCACAAUGGCAUGAGUGUUCUUCAGCAACACGCAGCUUUCUUCGAUCAGGACGAUAAUGGCAUUGUUUAUCCAUGGGAAACAUACUCCGGGCUUCGUCAAAUUGGCUUCAAUGUGAUCGUGUCAUUCAUAGUAGCUAUUAUGAUCAAUGCUGUCUUGAGUUAUCCUACUCUCCCAGGGUGGUUUCCUUCUCCAUUCCUUCCUAUCUACAUUCAUAAUAUACACAAGGGCAAACAUGGAAGUGAUUCCGGGACCUAUGAUAGAGAAGGCAGGUUUUUGCCAGUGCAUUUUGAGAACAUUUUUAGCAAGUACGCUCGAACCGUGCCUGAUAAGCUUAGUCUUGGAGAAUUGUGGGAUCUGACUCAAGCCAAUAGAGAUAUAUACGAUUUUCUUGGCUGGAUUGCUUCAAAAUUGGAAUGGGGACUUUUGUAUUUUCUUGCUCGAGACGAAGAUGGAUUCUUAUCGAAAGAGGCUAUAAGGCGAUGCUUCGAUGGGAGUUUGUUCGAUUAUUGUAAGGCACAAAUGGGAGGUGACUAUGCUAAGCAAGAAUAGGUUCACUUAGAAGUAUAAGUGCUAGUGUUUUGAUAUA